AUAUUCAUAGAGAUUUUUAUUCUAGAGAAAUCUCGAAGUUUCUAUCAUGAUACAUGUAUAUACUAGCUUAGACACCAUGCGAGUGUAAACGAUUACCGUCAAGUCGAACGAAUCUAAACGUGUUGUAUUCCGUAUUCUGUUAAUUUACGGGAAAAAAAAAAAACGCUUUACGAAGAUUUUGCAUUAAAAAAUUGUGAACAGGCUCUAUUUAUUAUCAUAUAUAAUUUAUCGUUAGAUCAAAUUAAAAAAGAAUUUUUACAAAUUAUCUUCUGGAAAAAGGAUUAAAUUUAAUAUUAUGGCUACGAAAAGUGAGGAGUUAAAACUGGACAUAGAAGAAUUGAAUGCUUUUCUACAACAAGCUACACGUUCCAAAGUAAAAGAUAUUCUUUCUUUAGAAAUUAGACGAUUGCAGACAGAGGUAGGAAAAUUGAUUGAGGAAAAUAAAGAUGUAUGUCCUAAAUCAGUAAAUUCAUCCAUUAAUUCUACUUCUAAAUGUUAUGAUGUUAAGAUAAACAAUUAUUGUUGGGAUCAAACGAAUAGCGUUGUGAAAAUAUAUGUUCAAUUAAAGAGCGUGCAUCUUUUACCAAACAGUAGCGUUGUCUGUAAAUAUACUGAAAAGUCCAUGGAUUUGUACGUUUACGGAUUGGACAAUAAAAAUUAUCACUUACCGAUCAAUAAUUUAUGCGAAGAUAUUGACACUGAAAAGAGUUAUUUCAAAGUAAAGGCAGAUAUGAUCAUUGUAUAUCUCUCAAAAAAAUCUCUAAAAAAUUGGUCGCAUGUAACUGGCGUUGAAAAAAGAAUAAAAGAAGCGAAAACUCCAACGGUUCCUGAUAUGGGAGAUGAUCCCGGUACAAAUUUAGUCAAUCUAAUGAAGAAAAUAUAUCAAGAUGGAGAUGAUGAGAUGAAAAAGACAAUAGCUAAGAUAUGGACUGAAAAUCAACAUAAAUCUGCUGCUGGUCUGUCAGGUUUUGAUUAUUAAUUAUAAAACAAUACUUUAUUAAAUGUAUUUUAUGUUACAUUAUAAUGACACACAAAUUUAGGCCUAAAUAUAUUACAUAUAUCAACUUAUAUUAUGUAUAAUUAGAAUAAAGUUCCUCAAAUCCAAAUUUAUCAUAGUUACAAGUAAAGUAACAAGUAAACGAGUAGAUUUCAAUUGCAUUUAUCUAAUCAAUACCAAUUAUAAAACCUUCUUAUUUCCGAUUAUUAAAUUGAUAUUUAUGAUACCAAUUAUGGUAUUUUUUUUUUCAUCGUUACAUUUACAAGAGAUACAAAUGCCAAUUUUUAUAAUUGUAACAUUUAAUAUUAUAUAAUAAGAAGUAAUAAAAUAUUAAGAAUGUUUACU